AUGAAGGAUACACAGGCGACCCAUUCACAAGAUGUACACAUAUUAUCGAAGCACCAACAACAACCAGCCCCACAGAUCCUUGUAAUCCAUCCCCAUGUGGCCCUAAUGCCCAAUGUGAUAACGGAUUCUGUACUUGUAUUCAAGAUUAUAGUGUGUGUACCCCAAAACGAUAUUGUAGAAAAACCGUGCGAUCCGUCACCAUGCGGAGCAAAUGCAAUUUGCAGUCAAAGGGAUAAUGCUGGAGCAUGUUCCUGUUUGGAAGGAUUUUACGGUAACCCAUACGAUGGAUGCAGGCCUGAGUGCGUUCAUGUGGCUAUCGAGCAGAAUGCCGAGUUCAAGACCAUAUACCAAUAUGCAGUUGCCCUACCGGCUUUUCGGGCGAUCCUUUCAUUCAAUGUUCUGAAGAGAAAGUUGAGGACGUGCCAUCACCCAAUCCUUGUAAUCCGUCACCGUGUGGAAGCAAUGCUAUGUGUGAUGAGGGAAUUUGCACAUGUGCUCCUGGAUAUUUUGGUGACCCAUAUCAAGGCUGUAGACUUGAAUGUAGUACUAACGGUGAAUGUUCUCCUACUCGCUCGUGCCAAGGAGGCAAGUGCG